GUAAGAUCUGGGGGAAAGGAUUUCUGAAAACAAUUCAGUAGGAUUUAAUUCGCGAUUAUUUCACCAAACCAUCUGUGUGGAUUAAAACCGACAAGAUUUAGAAGCAGCUUCCUCUGGAUCCCAAUGGAGGCAGCACCAGCAAAAACGCCAGAGAUAAGGCAAGUUGUUUUUCUCACUAUAUUGUUGCUAUGUCGGGGAUAUGGUUUUGAGGCAAUUCGAUAUUCCAUGCCAGAAGAGACUGAAAGUGGCUACUUGGUGGCUAACCUAUCAAAAGAUCUGGGGCUCAGGGCAGGGGAACUGGCCAAUAGAGGGGCUCGAAUCCAUCACAGAGGAAACAAAGAGCUCUUGCAGCUGGUUGCAGAGACAGGAAAUUUGUUCUUGAAGGAGAAACUAGACCGCGAGGUCCUGUGUGGGGAGACAGAACCCUGUGUGCUGCACUUCCAGAUCAUUCUGGAAAACCCUGUGCAGUUCCUUCAAAUGGACCUGCAGCUCACAGACAUAAACGACCAUUCUCCAGAGUUCCCUCACAGGGAAAUGCUCCUAAAAAUUCAAGAAAGUGCCCAGCCAGGCACUGUGUUUCCUCUGAAGGCAGCUGAGGACCCUGACAUAGGGAGCAAUGCUGUUCAGAACUACACAGUCAGCCCCAACCUCCAUUUCCACGUUGUUACUCACAGUCGCGCAGAUGGCAGCAAAAACCCAGAGCUGGUGCUGGACAGAGCCCUGGACAGGGAGGAGCAGCCUGAGCUCACUUUAACCCUCACUGCUCUGGAUGGGGGGACCCCUCCCAGGUCUGGAACCACCACAGUGCGCAUUGAAGUGGUGGACAUCAAUGAUAACGCUCCCCAGUUUGUACAGUCGCUCUAUGAGGUUCAGGUCCCUGAGAACAGCCCCCUCAAUGCCUUGGUUGUCAGGGUCUCUGCCACAGACUUAGAUGCUGGGAUACAUGGUGAUGUAGCCUACUCUCUGUUCCAAGGUGGUAGAGCAUCUCAACCAUUUGUAAUAGAUGAAACCACAGGAGAAAUUCGUCUGAGAAAAGAGUUGGAUUUUGAGACAACUCCAUAUUACAAUAUGGAAAUUAUGGCCACAGACACUGGAGGCCUUUCAGGCAAAUGCAGUGUAGCUAUACAGGUGGUGGAUGUGAAUGACAAUGCCCCUAAACUCACCAUAUCGUCGCUCACUAGCUCCAUCCCAGAAAACACUCCUGAUGCUGUAGUUGCUGUUUUCAGUGUUUCUGACCCAGAUUCUGGAGAUAAUGGAAGGAUGGUGUGUUCUAUUCCGAACGAACUUCCGUUUCUUUUGAAGCCAACUUUUGAGGAUUAUUACACUUUAGUGACAGAAGGAGCACUAGACAGAGAGAGCAGAGCCGAGUACAACAUCACCAUCUCCGUCACUGACUUGGGCACACCCAGGCUCACAACCCAGCACACCAUAACAGUGCAGGUGUCCGACAUCAACGACAACGCCCCCGCCUUCACCCAAUCCUCCUACGCCCUGUCUGUCCGCGAGAACAACAGCCCCGCCCUGCACAUAGGCUCCAUCAGAGCCACAGACUUGGACUCAGGCUCCAAUGCCCACAUCACCUACUCGCUGCUGCCGCCCAAUGACCCGCAGCUGGACCUCCACUCUCUAGUCUCCAUCAAUGCAAAUAAUGGGCAGCUGUUCGCGCUCAGGGCGCUGGACUAUGAGGUCAUGCAGAGCUUUGAGUUCCGUGUGGCUGCCACAGACCAAGGCUCCCCUGCCCUCAGCAGCCAGGCGCUGGUGCGAGUCCUGGUGCUGGACGACAAUGACAAUGCGCCCUUCGUGCUCUACCCUCUGCAGAACGCCUCUGCGCCCUGCACUGAGCUGCUGCCCAGGGCGGCGGAGCCUGGCUACCUGGUCACCAAGGUGGUGGCUGUGGACCGCGACUCUGGCCAGAACGCCUGGCUGUCAUUUCAGCUGCUCAAGGCCACUGAGCCCGGGCUGUUCAGCGUGUGGGCGCACAAUGGCGAGGUGCGCACCACCAGGCUGCUGAGUGAGCGCGAUGCCCCCAAGCACAGGCUGCUGCUGCUGGUCAAGGACAAUGGCGAUCCUCAGCGCUCUGCCAGUGUCACUCUGCAUGUGCUGCUGGUGGAUGGCUUCUCCCAGCCCUACCUGCCUCUGCCAGAGGUCGUGGGAAACCCUACACAGGAUGAAGAUGAGCUCACCCUGUACCUGGUCAUUGCCUUGGCAUCUGUGUCUUCACUCUUUCUCUUGUCUGUGCUGCUAUUCGUGGGGGUAAGGCUGUGCAGGAGAACUAGGGCAGCGUCUCUUGGUGUCUGCUCUUUGCCUGAGGGAAAUUUUCCUGGCCACCUGGUGGAUGUCAGUGGCACUGGGACCUUGUCUCAGAGCUACCAGUAUGAGGUGUGUCUGACUGAAGACUCUGGGGCCACAGAUUUUAAAUUCAUGAACCCCUUUAGUCCUAAUAAUCUGUUUCAGGACCCCUAGCUAAAUUUCUGUGUCAGGAA